CCUGCUUGAGGCAGUCUUUGGGCUGAGAGGGGUCCCCUAGGGUCCCAAGAUGCUGCUCUGCGUCACCUUGCUUCUCCUUCUGGGGCUGUCUGCAUGCACUGUGGCAGGUGACAAAAAACUGGCAGUUGAUGCUGAAGUAGGCUCCUGGGAAGAUGUCAUCCCCAGCAUCCUGCUUCAGCUCCGGGACAUGAAGAAGGGGAAAGCGAGCCAGUUCUUUGGGCUAAUGGGGAAGCAGGUAGGAGGAAGACCUCCCAUCCAGUCAGAGGCAACAGGCAAGUGUUGUCCACACCUUCCCCCUACACGCUCCCUGGAGAAGACUGAGUUGUCAGGGAGGUGGGGGGGAUGCUCUGGCCAGGGUGCACAGGAAGGCAUUGUUGAGGGUGGGGCCAGAGUGGUCUGCCUGCAUGCUCGGCUUCCUGGUUGUUUCCUUGGAGAGGUGGUCUGUGUGCACCUAGGGAGCAGCUGCAAGGAUGAGGAGAUGGCGAUGAAUCCAGCUCUGCCAAAGGUUCAAAAUUAGCGUGGGUCUAGAGCCUAGAGUUGAAGAAACCAUCAAUCCAGGACCUUAAAACUGAAAACCCCAACUCGGUCUUCAUGGCCUGGGCAUGGCACCUUCCUUGGCAUACUGCCCUGCACUGUUCUGCUGGGUCACAUGGCUGGUGUCCUCAGAGUAAAAGCCACCCCACGGGCAGGUAAAAGUCUGCCAUCUCCUCUGUCCCCACAGUUUCUAUUAGAGGCGCUCAUGAGGUAUUUGUGGAAGGAAGGGCAGAAGGGAGGGAAAAUGGAAGAGAAAGAGGAAGGGAUCAAUGAAUGAAGAACCUCAGUUCCUAGAGAAAUUACGCUAUUCAUGAGUCCCCAGUUCUGGCCCUGUCUUUCAUGGUUCCCAAGACAGUCUUCCUCUGCUUCACUUUCUCCUUUUCUUCUCUGUCUCUUCAUCACCAGGGUAUCAGCGAGAACCACUGGUCCAGGGGCAAGGAGGAGCAACUACAGAAGGUAGGUGAUAGCUUCUCCACCAGCACACACGGGCACAUUCUGCUCCCCACUCUCAGGGCCAGCCGAAGCCACAGAGAAUGGUGUGUGGUUCUCCAGCCCCUGGAACAUUCCCCUUAUUCCCUAACUGUUAGAGAGUCUUAGGUAUUUUGUCUUCAACAACCUAAAUAAAGGAAAUAUCACUCUGGGAGGGGUUAUCAGCUGACGCCUUCUGGCCUGGGCCAUAACCACAAAGGCGUUCAAGGGGAUGCUCAAUAAACAAGAAGGUAAGUGAAUCAGUAGAUAAGUGACUCAAAGUGAAGUCGCUCAGUCGUGUCCAACUCUUUGCGACCCGUGGA